AUGUAUAGUGACGGCCCUAAAUCAUCCCAAAUAAGAUUGUUGAAUUUCGGAAAUAACAUUGACAUUGAGACGAGAGGCUCCCUGGCCAUGUCCUCGCCGAGAUACAUUUCAAAGAAGCAGCCGACAAGCGUGUCAACACAAAUACCCACGUCGCAGCGUCUAGCGGGAGCCGCGCGAGCUGCGCCUGCGACCUACGUCCUCACUCCCAUUCCGGGCGAACCUUCACAAGCUGCCCACCAGUUGGCACGGAACGGCCAGUUUCAGUGGCAACCGCGCGUGCGCCGGCCGGACCGCCCUACAGUUUUCCCGCCUAAGCGACCGCGAGUGACAUUUGAUUUUUUGAAAAUCGAAUCGUCGCGUAUUGUUACCGUUUCGGAAUACCGCAGUGAUUUACUAACAACACUCAGUGUGCAAGCUUGUGGCGACGCAUGCCACAUGUCAACGGAUGACGUCACAAGAAUCCUACAUCACACAUGCAAAGUUUACAAGCGAAUAAACACGGAUAGAAAAUCCCAACGAACAACUGUUGGGCAGAAAGCCCGCCAGGCACGAUCACCUCGCCUGGUCGGAGGAUCCUCCUUUUCCGAUCAUAGGGAACUAUACUCUCUGUUCCCUAAAGUGCCAACCAGCAUCCUCGGCCUCAUCAGGGACCACCAUUACCUGCAACGAAGUUGUGCAGCCUGGUUCUUCCCUACGGCCUCACCAGCGUCUAGGCACAGCACUUCUGCACACGGUCUGAAGGACACCUCAUCCCGUCAACGCAGAUGCCGGCCACUACGCACCUACCCUCGCAGCAUCUCUUCCCCGACUCACCGUGGGACACUGCGAACUCAUCUCUCCGACUCACUGGAGUUUCACCCUGCACCGCUGACCCGACUCACUGGGCACUCAGCGGCACGGUUCCGACCCACUGGAACUAGGGACGUUCUACACUGGCUCUGGCGCCACUCAUCUCAAGCAUCGACAGCCGUCUCAGCGGGAUCGACCUCCGGUCUUGGGAGGGAGUGA